UAUGCACAGCUUGCCUAACCUAUAGAUUACCACACUCGGCGUUACUCGUGGAUGUAAUCUUGAUGAGGAAAGUAGUGACAUUUGUAUUGUAACCCAACACAAGGACACGAGGCAGACAAUGAUCGCAUUUGCCACUGUUCUCAUCUGCAUCUCUCUCGUAGCACCACAGGGGAUGGUCAGAUUCGAGGAGUCUCAGGACAUAGUCAACGAAAACGCUGAAACAGAGGAUGAUGAACUGGACCUGGCAAAGGAGUUUCUGUACGCUGUCACUGACCCACCCCUCCCGGGAGAGGAGGGACACGGAAGUCGAGGCGUCGGGGGAUACUUAUCCUACAGAGGUGCCUCGUAUAGACGGUGCGGUGUUCGUUUUCGAAGUCGAUUUUACAAUUCAAGACAUGUCAGUGGCAGACUUCGAAAAAAAUGACAGAGAAAAUUUCACGAUCCUGUUGAAUAACUCAUUCAGCGGAGUGCUGGGAUUCCAUGGUAUAAACAUCAUUGAUAUCAGAAGUGGGAGUGUCAUUGUGUCUACGGCCUGCGAAAUCGAUGCCGUAAAGGCCCACGAUGCUGUAAAUGAUGUAGCACAAAAACAAAUGUUGGAACAGGGCCUACAGACGGCGUGCGAUGACGUUGCUAAAUCCAACGAUUACAACGUGAAAAAUGACAGUGAAACGUGGAAUGCAAAAGCUGAAGGGCUUGUAGACGAUGCUGCGGAUAUGUGUAAAGCUGAGGGGGAUUUGUGUGCGUGGGGGAGUCGAUGUGAAGACAACACCUGUGUACACCUGUGUGACGAUGUGAACUGUGGCCAGAGGGGGAGCUGCCAACUCAGGGGAACAGCCAAAGCCGAGCCGGUUUGCAAGUGCGAGUCUGACGAUUGGUAUAACUACGCUGGAGACGGAUGUUCCGAGUCCGAGUUCCGAUGGGAGACGGUGCUGGCAAUAUCCGGCGGUGUCGGGGGCGGUGUCGUGGUUCUGCUGGGGACGUGCCUUGCUAUCUCGUGUUACAGACAAAGGAGAAAGGCUUCGAAAGACAAUUUCAGCGUGAGAUCCUACAUGUCAGGGGAGUCCCAGCUGGAGCCAAACAGGGGGAACCGGCGUUACGACUCUCUGUUCUCAUCCAGAGGAUUUGGAAGGAAUGCGUUCAGGACGUCGUAUUUCGCCAGCACCAUGAGCCCAGGGGCAACGCCAAGUUAUAAACUCUACCGCUCUGCGUCAUUUUCGGGACCGAACGAGAUUGAUGAGCAGUUUCCAGAUUUUGUACCCCGACUCGAUCAUAUCGAUCCAGACAUCAAUUAUACAAUCAGUCGGCCGCAAAUCGGAUGAGAGAGUAGCCAUCUCUGCUGACAGGAAGUGGGAACACCAGAGGAACGCCAAAAACGCAAUCAAGAAACGUGAUGUCUUCAACUUGGCCAUUCUGGAUUUUGGUCGUAAAUGGCGUAACAUUAUGUAGUUCACGUUUUGCACAUAUGAUAACUCGCAAACCGUAUUUCCUCAGAUAAGUGACGGCCUUCAAUAAGCGUCGUGGGUAAAGCAACUUUUCAAGAAAUAAGUGCCGGGUCUCCAAUAAGCGCCGGGUCUGAGAGUUUGCAGAAUUGACAAGCGCUCGUACACGUAUUAGAAUAAAAACGGUACUCUGUUAACACAUAUACUAGAAUCAUGGCCAAGCAUUCUUCAAGUAUGGUAUACUCAAGUCAUUACAUGUGUGUGAAAAAACGGGACCAAGCAAUGGGCCUGUUUCAGUGACGACCUCAGAUGCAUGUUUAGUUACUGGUAAAACUGUACCCAUACCUGUCGUAAGAGACGAUUAACGGGAUCGGGUGGUCAGGUUCACUGUUAUCGUGUCCAAAAUGUGUAGAUCGAUAUACAUGAUGCCAGUCAUUGGAUUGUCUGGUCCAGGCCGCCGUUAUAUUAUUGGAAAAUUGCUGAAAGUGGCGUUGAACGACAAACACAAAUUAGAAGUGAAAUGGAGUGGAAAUAACCUUUGUUAGUAUGGAGAAGAAAAAACGAUAUAACCUCAUAGAUCACGUGACAUCUAUACAUGGCAGUGUUCACCAGCUGACUUGAUCGUUGUCGAAUUUAGCCUUCCUUUCGUGCUUGAGUGAGUGAGUUUAGUAUUACGCCGCACUCAGCAAUAUCCAAGCUGUAUGGCGGCGGUCUGUAAAUAAUCGAAUCUUGACCAGACAAUCCAGUGAUCAACAGCAUGA